CAAGAUCGUUGGAAUAUUUGAGCUGUGAAGUAUCAAGAACACAUGACACAUGACUCCUCAAUCUGCUGCCGAAGUAGCACCGCUGACAACGAUGGCGUCUGCCAUGUUUUUCGGUACUAUCAUUUUUGCGACGGCUAGUCUCGCGACGAAGUCAGUAGCGUCAGGCGACUGGCGAGCAAUCCAAGCGUCUAGAAAUCCUCGGUCGACUGCAUUGGACAUUCGGUCUUUCUCGUCCGUGUUUACGCUUCUUCUCCAUUCUACUGUUUUUGGUUGCAUUUUGUUGUACGCCUACCUCUGCGAGUACCAUCCUCCCUUUCCUCACGGUGUCAAAACCUAUGACCGAGAUGAAUUCUUCUUUUUAACGGCUCUGCUGCUGCUGGCUUCAGCUUUCACGCUGAAACGAAACCAGCCUCUGGGUACAGGAUCUUCUCGCUCGGUUGCACCGUCUGUCGAAGCUACCGAAAUCCUCAAUCGAGAUCAGACAGAAGAAUGGAAAGGGUGGAUGCAGUUUAUGUUUCUCCUAUAUCACUACUUUCAUGCCGAGGAAGUUUACAACGCGAUUCGUGUUAUGAUCACGUGUUACGUGUUUAUGACAGGAUACGGCAAUUUCUCCUUCUUUUACAUAAAGGGAGACUAUAGCAUCGUGCGUGUUAUGCAGAUGCUUUGGAGAUUAAAUUUCUUGGUCGUCUUUCUUUGUUUAUCUCAAGGUACAACCUACAUUUUGUAUUAUAUAUGUCUCUUGCACACCUACUUCUUUCUGAUGGUGUAUGUGACUAUGAAGAUCGGAACUGACUUGAAUUAUUCCAAGUGGGGAAUACGCUUGAAGCUCGGAGGGUUGGCUCUACUCAUCUUCAUUGUAUGGGAUGUGGAUAGCGGGAUUUUCCGUCUCCUUCAUUGGCCGUUCCUUGGUGAGGUACCCGUGCUCGGCGCUACUUCUGGCAGUUUGUGGGAGUGGUACUUUCGAUCUACUCUUGAUCAUUGGUCAACUAUUCUGGGAAUGAUAUUUGCUCUAAAUUUUCCUAUUACCAGUUUGUUCUUUCGAAAGCUGGAGUCCCUGCCUUUUGGACAGCAUGUCGCAGCCAAAGCAAUAUUAGGUCUUGCAUUGGGAGGCAUCUUCUACUGGUGGGUAUGUUGGCCUUUCCAGUUGAGCAAGUUCGACUACAAUCAAACGAACUCGUAUUUUGGAUGUAUUCCAGUAUUGGUGUAUAUUUACUACCGAAAUGUAACCCCUUGGCUAAGGGGACACACGCUAGAACUCUUGCAUCAAAUUGGCAAAACGACGCUGGAGACAUAUUUGAUGCAGCACCAUAUCUGGCUCACCUCCAACGCAAAAAGCCUUCUAAUUCUGGUACCCGGUUGGCCAAAGAUGAACUUUCUCGUCGUGAGUUUCAUUUACUUUGCUUUGAGUCGAAGGCUCUACCAACUCACUCUUUUUGUGAGGGGCAUGCUUCUACCG